UUGCCCAGAAGCUGCGCCAUCAACUCUGUAGCCAACAAGCCUCAUUUUCUUAUGCCGCUAUAGACAUGUCUCCCUCCUCUAGUUUACCAGGAUCAAAGUCCUUUUCAUUCUUAGACGAGUUUUCUCGGAGGAAACCUGAAUUCAGAGUUGAUCUCAGGUGGGGUCAAUCCUUGAAGGCGGACGGGUAGUCAUGGUGCGUACGCCUUAUUCCCCUGCACAGCCUCGCCGGAGUUGCGCCCCCUCUCUGUGCUCCCUGGGAAUACGCCAGCCAAGUCCAGAAAAUCCGUUACCAGGCUGCUGUAUCCCUAAAGGCCAUUCCAAAGGCGGAAGAAGACGGGGACAGCCCCUAUAUUGAUUCCCCGGGCCAUGUGGGCUGAGAGCGCAUCGGGUCGUGUUAUGGGCAGGUGAGCCUGGCGGUUCCGUAAACCUCAGACGCCGGAACACCCCUGGCCAGACGCGCCCCGGCAGCCUCCAGCAGCUGGCACUCGUCUGCCCACUCCCUGGAGCCGGGAGCCCACGACAUCAGCUGCGCGGGUUGUUCUGGGCGCAGCGCAACAGGGCCUUGGGAUAGAGGGGUCGGGGUCCCCCAAAGUGAACAGACCAACCCUAUAAAAUUAGUAUCUACCAGACCCCUCCCCCCCAACACUUCCCUCCAGGAAGGAAGGUAAAUAGGAAAAAAAUAAAAGACCUCAAAGCUUACUAGCCGUCUUUGCUGAUGGAGGAGGAGAGAGAGUGUAUCAUUUUUCAAUCCUUGGUUUCCUGGAUGGAUCCUUUCCUGCCUCCGAAUUUGAGAAUCCAGUGGUUAGGGUAGGAAGUAAUGGGACAGGCUGAGGACUAGAGAUUCGCUUUAAGUAAGCGUUCUCAUGACGUGCACUUGGCUUUUGUCUUGAUUGUGCGUUUAUCUUGGGUGAAGGGACUCCUGGGGUGCAAGGUUUCGGGGUGGAAGCUGCUUUGGUAGAAUAAGCCUUAUUUUCUUAGAUUGAGUGGCACAGAUCAGUAAAGCGACGUGCUCCAAAGAUGCAAGAUUUUUAGACUUAUUAUUGAGGGAUGUUCCAGAUGAUAGGAAACCGAAGCUCUCAGCCCCCCUCCCUCCCUUUACUUGACAAGCGUCCUGAGGACCCUCCCACAUCCGACCACCGAGGUUCCAGAAAGCCUGGAAACAGUCCCACAAGGUCCAGAGCCAAUUUCUGGCUUGCUUGACAGAGACAAAUCCACUUCGGAGGUGGGGGCCAAUUCAUGGGAGACCCCAACUCGUAGGAGGGUGCCCGGGGCAGUGCACCUGGGGCUUGUUUUAAAGAGUUUAUCCUGUAAAGUGCGUGUGAUGGAGGUAUGAGGCAGAGGGUUUAUUUUAAAAAUGUUCUUCCUUUUUUAAAAAGAGGAGGGGGGAAGAAUCAGACGUUAAAUUCUUUUGCAAACAUUCAUGCCUAAGGAAGGGCUGGAUCAGGCAGCCCCGGCCGCCGGAACCGGUCGGACAGGUAGCGAGCUUGUUGACACCGUUAUGUUGCAGGGCGCAUGCUCACUCCCAAGUUUCCUGGUGCCUUUUCUAUUCCACCUUAUGAAACUUUUUCCCCGGCGUGGUCUCACGCGCGAUUUAAGGCAUAGGUGUCGCCGUGCCCGGAGGCUGCGAGUCACCCGGAGUGAGGGGAAAGGCCGGGGCAGCGCGGCGGGAGGUGCAGGAAGAGGGCAGACAAGGCGGGAAGGUGGGCUCCGGACUCCGGGAGCCAGGGGAUUCAGGCGCCUCCACCGCCACUAGCGGGGAGCAGCGGGGAGGAGGGGGCCGCAGUCGGAAGAGGGGAUCCCACCAUGCCCAAAGUCUUUCUGGUGAAGAGGAGGAGCCCGGGAGUCUCGGUCCGCAGCUGGGAUGAGCUCCCGGAUGACAAAAGGGCAGACACCUACAUCCCAGUGAGCCUGGGCUGUCUGCUCUCCGACCCCCCCGAGGACUGCCGCAGCGACGGCGGCAGUAGCAGCGGUUGCAGCAGCAGCAGCAGCAGCAGUAGCAGCAGCGCCGGGGAGCCCGUAGGCACCGAGAGCAGCUCGUCCCCGCGCGCGCCGGAGCCUGAAACUCCAGAGCUCCACGACGCCGAAGGCCCCGAUGGACACCUGGCAGCGAUGCAGCGGCCGGUUGCCAGGUCAAAAAUCAAGUUUACCACAGGCACGUGCAAUGACUCCGUGAUUCACAACUGUGAACUGUGUGGCAAGAGCUUCCGCCUGCAGCGCAUGCUCAACCGUCACCUCAAGUGCCACAACCAGGUAAAGAGGCACCUGUGCACCUUCUGCGGCAAGGGCUUCAACGACACCUUCGACCUAAAGAGGCAUGUACGCACACAUACAGGCAUUCGCCCCUACAAAUGUGAUGUGUGUUACAAAGCCUUCACACAGCGAUGUUCCUUGGAGUCCCACCUGAAGAAGAUCCACGGUGUGCAGCAGCAGUAUGCCUACAAGCAGCGCCGGGACAAGCUUUAUGUGUGUGAGGAUUGUGGUUACACGGGCCCCACCCAGGAGGACCUGUACCUGCAUGUGAACAGUGCCCAUCCGGGUAGCACAUUUCUCAAAAAGACUUCCAAAAAGUUGGCGGCCCUUCUGCAGAACAAGCUGACGUCCCCACUGCAGGAGAAUUCCACCCUGAGUGAAGAGGAGGAAAAAAAGUGAAGAGAGAGAGAGAGAAAGUGGAGGAGAGACGCUCGGUGCCACGUUUACCCGGACUUUAGGUUCUGAGGUGUACCUCUCCUCUGCUCCAUGGGUUCUUUUCAGUGACAAGUAUUCAGUUCACCUCUUCUUUUGGGACAUCAACAGUAAGAUGCACUCCAAAGUUGUCGGUCAUUCUGCCACAACAGGCCCUGUACCAUAGGUCUGUUUUCGUGGUGGCUGAAAUCACGUACGGGUUCUUGUGUGUGUGUGUGUGUGUGUGUGUGUGUGUGUGUGUGUGUGUGUGUGUGUGUGUGUGUGUUAUGUGUAUUUUUUUUUCUGAUGGAAUUUUCACACAUGAAUAGAGGGGUGUUCUUAAAGAGACCAUCAUCUUAUGGUGCCUUGAAAUGCUUCUCAAGCAAGGAAAAUGUAUAUUCUUCUGAAAGAGUUUACAGAAACUAUUUUAAUAAAUGAAAUGUUCAUGUGAAACUUCUCUUUAAAAAACAAAAUAGUGUUGAGUUUCAGCUAUCCUGUUGAGGGUUUAUGUGACACUGGACUCCGUUACCCGGAGAGAGGUUGAUGGUUCUGUCUUGGUGGAGAGGAUUUAAGGAGGCAAAUCUUGUCAGUUGGGUAGGACACAUCAUUGGUUGGUGGGAUAAAACCAGUACUGAGAGGCUGGCUCUUGGAUAGAUGAGCCUUGAGGUGCAACACAUCGUUCUCUGCUCUCGGUGAGUCUGGGGUCCUGUGGUCUUUGGCUUCACGAGCUAGGACUUGCUGGGUGAAGGGCCCUGCUUCCUCCCUGGAGACUGACCCUAGGAGAAGCAUGUGACAAACCCUGGAGCGUGAGAAACUAGCCCAAGCAUGAAGUACACCUGUUGAGGCAUACUUGCUGGGAGGCUGGGCAGGGGACAGGCCUCCUUCAGGGUGCCAGACUGGGAAUGCAGCAACCUUGAGCAAUACCUCCCUCUCUCCUCACCUUGGAGCUCCAUUCCUAAAUGUAGGAGAGGUUAACAGUCGAGUCGACCUUUGGACACCAGAGGAAAAAGGGAAGCUGCAAGCUGAGUGGGUAAGGAGGUGGUUUCCAUGGCCACUGGGCAGCAGGAAGGGCCCAGACCCUCCCUUGGGAAGCCCCUUAGCCAAGAAAGCCUUGCCAGCCGGUGUGACAGCCUACUUCCCCUGAAUUGACCGGGACGAGAUGAUGAUCAGACGCAUGUCCUCCUUGUCUUUCAUUGGCUAGUCCUGUCCCCAGACCCUGGCUGAGCUCCCUGGUCUAGGGGAACUUUUGAAUGACAUGGCCAUUUUCUUAUUUCCUCUCUCUGUACCUCCAUCCUUCCCCUUCUUGCCCUCUCUCUUCACUUUCUUUUCCCUGAGUUCCACCUUCUCCCCCUUCUUCUCUUCUGUACUCUGAGGCAGGUAUCAUGCCAAGGCCUGGACACUUGAGAUACAUUACCGUUUCUCUUCCAACUCCGGCUUUGCUUCUGGAAGAGAGCUCUGUGGAGCACUAGUGAUGUGCCAGGCACUAACCUGGGUGCCCCUCACCAUGCAGGUGUCAUCUGGAACAUCUGUAAAACACCCCAUGGGUCAGCAACCCUGUUUCUGUGAGUCAGUGUAGAGACCUUCAGAUCUUCAGAUCUGGUCAAAACGCCUCUUUCUCAUUCUUCCUUCAAAGCAGAGGAAAGGUUUCAGGUUCAACUGGGACCAUGCAGAGAAAGGCACAAGGUCAGAAGAGUGGCUUUGAAGGUCAUUGCUCCUCCUGAUGCCUGAGGAUGCUCAGAUCAUCAGCCAUCUGCAGAUCCCGGGGUGUCUGUCCCGCCUUCCCUGAAGCACCAGGUGGGUGGGUUACAGCUUCAGAGCUACAGCUGAACAGCUAUGGUCAAGGCAUCAGCAGUGGCAGAGGCUCAACUUGGGACUUCAUGUGGCCCAGGGUGCAGCCCUCACUCAGGGCUCCACCCUGACUUCAGAGGACAAACUGUUGCCACAGAGUGUGAAAGGCAGCUGACUUGCUUUCCCCCAGUUAUGCAGGUAGUGAUGUGACAAAAUGAGCUGCUCUGGCUACAAGCGUGUGGCUGACUGCCUCUGGUGUCACACGGGUACUGUGAAUAAGGGAAUGCUCCCGUUAGGGCUAGUUUUUUUUAUUAGACAGCUUGCUCAGUUGCAAGUGAUGGAAACCCAGUUUAAAAUGGCAUUAGCAAUAGUUUGCAUACUUCUUCAUGACCAAGAGCUGACAGGAAGCUGUCCUCAGAAAGACCUGCUGGAAUCAGGGCUGAAAAUCAUAAGGUUCUGGGUCUCUGAGCCAGACACACUGUUUACCCUCUAUUACCCACAUAGUAGAGAAUUGACUCCAACAAAUUGUCCUUGAACCUCCAUGUGUACACCAUGGCACCUACACACCCUGCCCCUCUACAAGCAACAUUUUUAAAGAGCUCAAGUUUCAGGGUGGCAGAUAUAAUGCUCAAGUAACAGCACUGUCAUCUUUCCAUCUUUUCUGUGUUUUUAGAAAUAUGGCCUGUGCUGGUCUUGAAUUUGUAAUCCUGCCUAAGUCUCCCAAGCAUCUAGGUAGUAAUGUACCACCACUGCCCUCUGUCUUUGAGCUUCUUUGCCUCCUUUUGUGGCUCUGUAGAAGGUCAGGUGGUGCUGUGGGAUGGUCUGUAUGUCAAGUGUGUUGCUGAUUGGUCAAUAAAUAAAUCACUGAUUGGCCAGUGGCCAGGCAGGAAGUGUAGGCGGGACAAGGAGGAGAAUAAAGCUGGGAAGUGGAAGGCUGAGUCAGAGAGACACUGCCAGCCGCCACGAUGAGAAACAGCAUGUGAAGAUGCCAGUAAGCCACGAGCCACGUGGCAAGGUAUAGAUUUAUAAAAUGGAUUAAAUUAAGCUGUAAGGAAAGUUAGCAAGAAGCCUGCCACGGCCAUACAGUUUGUAACCAA